CUAAAGUAUUGCAUUUCAACACACCCAUCUUUCUUUUCUAAGUUAAUCAUGUCCUCUUCACUACUUCCACUCACCUCCCCAUUCACAUCCACUAACACCCAACUAGCCUUCAAGGCUCGAACCAAUCAAACCCAAGGGUUUAGAGUCUCAUGCAAUAGUGCACAAGAUGACCAAGCUGACAAGAAACUCAUACUCCCUGAGUCCCAAAAGCUUGUGGUUCCCAAUGUGGACCGCAGGAACCUGUUGGUAGGACUUGGCGGCCUGUACACGGCCGUCAACCUACCUGGGGCAAUGGCUGCCCCGAUAACAGCUCCUGACAUCACGUCCAUUUGCAAGGACGCGAGUGCGGGCAUUAGGAACCAAGAAGGGGCUAUCAGGACAAGAAAAUGUUGUCCUCCUAGCCUCGGGAAAAAGAUAAAAGAGUUCCAGUUUCCUACCGAAAACUCGGUUAGGAAACGAUGGCCCGCACAUGCGGGCACACCGAAGCAGGUGGACGAUUAUAGACGAGCCAUCCAAGCUAUGCGAGAUCUCCCAGAUGAACACCCGCACAGCUUCGUCAGCCAAGCUAAAAUCCAUUGUGCUUACUGCAACGGUGGUUACACUCAAGUCGAUAGCGGUUUCCCCGAAAUCGAUAUCCAGAUCCACAACUCAUGGCUCUUCUUUCCGUUCCAUCGUUGGUACCUAUAUUUCUACGAAAGAAUCCUCGGAAAGUUGAUUAACGAGCCGAACUUUGCCUUACCGUACUGGAAAUGGGACGAACCACGCGGAAUGCCGAUUCCGGAAAUGUUUGUACCCGAAACCGUUAAUGGCAAGCCAAACUCCUUGUAUGAUGUUUACAGGGAUGCCAAUCAUAUCAAAGAAAGGAUAGUGGAUCUAGACUACGAUGGUAAGGAUAAGGACAUUCCAGAUUUUCAACAAGUACAGUGUAAUCUUGCAACAGUGUACCGAGAUUUGGUCAGAAACGGAGGUGAUACACUAAGUUUCUUUGGUGGCGAAUACAAUGCGGGUGAUCCGCCAGUUGAAAACAGCGACCCGUCAGUCGGGUCCGUGGAAGCUGGUAGUCACACGGCCGUGCACAGAUGGGUAGGCGACCCGAAACAGCCGAACCAAGAGGACAUGGGUAACUUUUACUCCGCGGGGUAUGACCCCGCGUUCUACAUCCACCAUGCGAAUGUAGACCGCAUGUGGAAACUAUGGAAGGAGUUGCGCCUUCCGGGACACGUAGAACCUACUGAUCCCGACUGGUUAAACGCGUCGUAUGUGUUCUAUGACGAGAAUGAGGAUCUUGUGCGUGUGUAUAACAAAGACUGCGUCGACCUAGGGAAGCUUAAGUAUAAUUUUAUCGAGAAUUCGAAGGAAGUGUUCCCGUGGCGCAAGAGUCGACCACCGCAACGUAGAAGGAGCUCGCAGGUUGCAACGACCGGAGAGGUGAAGACGGUGGACAAAGUUAGGUUCCCGGUGCGUCUAAGCGAGAUCUUGAAGGUUCGUGUGAAGCGGCCCGCGGUGAACAGGAGUGAUGAAGAAAAGGAGAAGGCGAACGAGGUGUUGUUGAUCAAGGGAAUUAAGUAUGAUAGUGGAAAGUUUGUUAAGUUUGAUGUGUUUGUGAAUGACAAACUUAAGGAAGGCGAGAUUACGACGCCAUGCGAUCCCGAGUACGCGGGUGGGUUUGCACAAAUUCCGCAUAGCGAUAUGAGGAGCAUGUUUAUGAAGAGUUCUGCGAGGUUUGGGCUGACGGAGCUGUUGGAGGACACAAACACCGAAGGCGAAGAGUAUGCAACGGUGACAUUGGUGCCACGGGUAGGGUGUGACGAUCUAACCGUCGGCCAAAUCAAGAUCGAGUUGGUUCCUGUUCGAAAAGUCUAGUUAAAACGUCGCGGGUUCGGUUGGUUCGGAGUUUAGAUGGCUCGUUAGGAGCUAGAAAUGCGUGUUGUAAUGCCAUUUUCUUUGUUUGGCGUGUACCUUUGUGUAGCCUGAAAUGCGCAUUGCGUAGAGUUUCAUGGCAUCAAUAAGAUUGUGUGACAAUAAAUUUGUUAGUGUUUUCUUCUAAAAUAAGUUGUUUUUAACAUUUAAUCAAA